AUGCGCUCACCUAUCGCUUUCUGCCUCGCCCUCCUGGGCGCUGCUCAGCUUGGAGACGCUGCCUCAGCUGGCUGUGGCAAGGCUCCUCAGUCCAGCGGCACCAAGUCCAUGCAGGUCAACGGCAAGAACCGCCAGUACAUCCUCCAGCUUCCCAACAACUACCAGAACAACAAGCCCCACCGCCUUGUUUUCGGCUACCACUGGCGUGAUGGCAACAUGAACAACGUUGCCCAGGGUGGCUUCUACGGCCUCAAGGGUCUUUCUGGCGACUCUACCAUCUUCAUUGCCCCCAACGGUCUCAACGCUGGUUGGGCCAACAACGGUGGCGAGGAUAUCACUUUCACCGACCAGAUGCUCAAGUUCGCCAAGGACAACCUUUGCAUCGACGAGAAGCAAGUCUUUGCUACCGGUUGGAGUUACGGUGGUUCCAUGAGCCACAGCGUCGCUUGCUCGCGACCCAAUGACUUCGCUGCUGUCGCAGUCAUCUCCGGUGCUCAGCUCUCCGGCUGCAACGGAGGCAACUCUCCCGUCGCCUACCUCGGCAUCCACGGUUCUGCCGACAACGUUCUCGGAAUCAACCUCGGCCGCCAGCUCCGCGACAAGUGGAUUGGUACCGAUGGCUGCCAGCAGAAGAACGUCAACGACCCCGGCCCAGGUGCUCGAAACCACGUCAAGACUACCUACCAGUGCAGCCGCAAGCCCGUUACCUGGAUUGCUCACGGUGGUGGCCACGUUCCCGACCCUACUGGUACCAACGGUGUCAAGUUCGCUCCCGGUGAGACCUGGUCAUUCUUCAACGCUGCCGUUGGAGGUGGUCGCAGCACUGGACGUCGCUCCUAG